UAUUGUUCCAGACGACUCAAGUUCAGAAACAAGGUACGCUCAAAUUGAGAAGGAAUGCCUUGCAGGCAUAUGGGUGUGCGAAAAGUUCUACAAAUACCUAGUAGGUAUGGACACAUUCAAACUGAUCACUGAUCAUAAGCCGCUAAUACCGCUAAUCAAUAGUAAAGACUUGGACACUGUGCCAGUGAGAUGUCAGACGAGACUUAAUGUAAAAGCGGAGUAUGCUCCUGGCAAAACCUUGGUCAUUGCGGAUGCAUUAUCACACAGUCCAUUAAAUGUCACAGAGGACUUCUUGACAGCCGACGUGAGUUGUCAUGUGAAUGCAGUCAUCAAAGGUUUUCCGGUAUCACAGCGGAAGCUGACAGAAAUAAAAACAGAGACACAAAAGAAUGAACAGUUACUGAUUGUGGAGAAAUUUGUAAAAGACGGAUGGCCAGAAUAUACAAAAAGCAUCCCUAACAGCAUACAGUGUUUUUACAAAUGGAAGAGUUUCUUAUCAGUGAGUGAUGGACUGUUAGUGCUUGGGAAUCGCAUAGUCAUUCCUAAAGUAAUGAGACAUGAGGUCCUUAACAGAAUUCACGAGGGACACCAAGGAUUAUCGAAAUGCAGGGCAAGGGAUAAAGAGACUGUGUGGUGGCCUGGGAUUUCUGAAGAUCUCAGGAAGAGGAUAGACACAUGCAAAUUUUGCAUUGAGCAUAAACGUACACAACACAAACAACCACUACAGCCUACCCCAUUGCCAGAAAGGCCAUGGCAGUGAAUAGCCAUAGACUUGUGUAUGCAUCAGGGAAAACAAUACCUGGUGGUGUCUGACUAUUAUUAUUGGAAAUCCUUCUGUUACAUACCACAACAUCAGAGCACAUUGUACUGAAACUUAAAGCUUUGUUUGCGAGGUUAGGCAUACCCGAACAAAUCGUUAGUGACAAUGGACCACAGUUCACCAGUGAAGUUUGGAGAAACUUGUGUGUUAUGUAUGACAUGCAGCACAUUACUUCUAGCCCACACAAUCCACAAGGAAACGGACAUGCGGAACGGGCAGUACAGACAGCAAAACACAUAUUGAAGCAGGAUGAUCCGCUACUCUACCUACCCUACAGAAAAACCUCAGACCAAAGUGGCCAAACAGAGCUAAGGUGAAAGAGAAUGACAAAACAGCAAAAGAAAAUCAAGCAUACUAUUUUAACAGGCGACACGGUGUGAAAGACUUACCUGUUUUGAAACCUGGGGAUUCCGUGAUGAAGUUGGAUGAGGAAUCUAAAUGGAAAGGACCAGCGACAGUGAUGGCAGAGAGCACCACUCCGAGAUCUUAUGUAGUCGUUGAUGAGAAAGAGGGGAGAGAGGAGAAACCGCAGGCAUAUUCAGUUAUUGCCUGAAGAAGUUCCAGAAAAGACUGAAAUAAUGACAAGUUCAGACCAGACACACACAAGAUCUCUGGAGCUGUGUAAAGUCCCCUCCUGCUUUAAACUCUCCACAAUCGUCCCAUUCCCCAAGAAACCCUCCAUCACUGGACUAAAUGACUACAGGCCUGUCGCUCUGACAUCUGUUGUCAUGAAGACAGUUGCCUUUGAACAGCUGGUAUUGGCCCACCUAAAGUCUGUCACAGAACAGAUGCUGGAUCCCCUACAAUUUGCCUACCAUGUAAACAGUUCAGUGGAGGACGCAGUCAACAUUGGACUGCACUACAUUCUGCAACACCUGGACUGCCCAGGGACAUACGCCCGGAUUCUGUUUGUUGACUUUAGUUCGGCUUUUAAUACAAUAAUUCCGGAAAUUCUUCACUCCAAACUCCUAAAGCUCACUAUACCCCCUUCCAGUCAGUUACGUCAGUGGAUCACCAGCUUCCUGACAGACAGGAAACAACAGGUGAGACUCCAACAGCCUGGUGUCAUCUGUGGAGGCCUUCAAGUUUCUGGGUACUACCAUUUCCCAAGACCUGAAUUGGGAGUGCAACAUAAACUCUAUCAUCAAAAAGGCCCAGCAGAGGAUGUACUUUCUACGUCAAUUAAGGAAGUAUGGUCUGCCACAGGAGAUGUUGAUGCUGUUCUACACUGCAGUCAUAGAAUCUGUCCUGUGCACAUCCAUCACCAUCUGGUUUGGUGCAGCAACAAAACAGGACAGAAACAGACUGCAACACACGGUUAGAACAGCAGAAAAAAUAAUUGGCGCCCCCCCUGCCCACUCUCCAGGACUUGUACGACACAAGAACCAGAAACCGGGCAGGGAAAAUCACUACUGACCCUUCGCACCCUGGACACAACCUCUUUCAGCUCCUCCCUUCUGGCAGGCGCUACAGAGCUUUGUUUACUAAAACUGCCAGACACAGGAACAGUUUCUUUCCCCAGGCAAUCACCCUGAUCAACAACUCACCAUAAUUAUAUUCACUGCUUCUUAUCAUAAGUACUGCAUUAUCAGGACUGUCAAUCAUCACAUCAUCUGUAUAUAUUACACACACUACUGCUGCUAUAUAUUGCACAAAAAGCAUAUUGCACAAUAUUCUUAUUUGCAC